AUGAGUGAAAAUUCGAUCGAAGAUAUAGAUGCAGCAAAUCAAGAGCAGCUCGAAAAGAUGAACGCCUUAACAGAUGGUGAACUCGAGCAACAAAUUUCAAUUCUUGAAAAUCAGAUCACCGUUUUAAAGAAUACACAUCGCAUGUUAAAUAAUGAAUUGCGUAACAUGGAUGAUGAUAUUAAAUCAAACAGAGAAAAAGUCCGUCUUAAUAAGUCCCUUCCAUAUCUUGUCGCUCAUGUUGUUGAAUGCUUCCAUCUCGAUACAGAAAACGAAAAUGAUAAUGUUUAUAAGGGCGCCGAUAACAGAUCCGCUGUUGUUAAGACCACAACUAGAGAAACAGUUUUCCUUCCAGUUACAGGUCUUAUUCCAGCCGAUCAGUUAGAACCAUCCGACAUGGUAGGUCUUUCUAAGGAUUCUUACCUUGUUUUCGAGAAGCUCCCACAGCACUUUGAUUCUCGUGUCAAGGCUAUGGAAGUUGAUACUCGUCCUACAGAAACCUAUGAUCAAGUCGGUGGCUUAGAAAAACAGAUUCAAGAACUUAAGGAAGCUAUUGUUUUACCAUUAACAAACCCAGAGUUAUUCACAAAGAUUGGUAUCCAGCCGCCAAAGGGUGUUCUUUUAUUCGGGCCACCAGGUACAGGCAAGACAAUGCUUGCUCGUGCAUGCGCAGCCUCUACAAACUCUACAUUCCUCCGUCUCGCUGGCCCACAGCUUGUCCAGAUGUUCGUCGGUGAAGGCUCAAGAUUAGUUCGUAAUGCUUUCGAACUUGCCCGCUCUAAGGCUCCAGCCAUUAUCUUCAUCGAUGAAAUCGAUGCUAUCGGCUCAAAGAGAUCAGAUAACGACAGUCUUCAGGGAGAACGUGAAGUCCAGAGAACAAUGCUCGAACUUCUCAACCAACUUGAUGGUUUCUCACAACUUUCAAACGUUAAAGUCAUCUGCGCUACAAACCGUCCAGAUACUCUCGAUCCGGCUCUUAUGCGUUCUGGUCGUCUCGAUCGUAAGAUUGAACUUCCAAUUCCAAACGAAGACGCUAGAUUCGAUAUCCUUAACAUCCACUCAAGACACAUGAAGGUUAACAGCGCAGUAAACUUCAGAGAACUCGCUAGAUCUACAGAGGACUUCAACGGUGCUAUGCUUAAGGCUGUUUGCGUUGAAGCUGGUAUGGUCGCAAUGAGAAGAGGUGCUGAUGAAAUUAUGCACGAGGACUUCAUCGAAGGCAUUGCUCAGGUCCAGUCCAAGAAGCGCACUGUUCUCAAUUACUUCGCAUAA